AUGGAUCUCGCUCGUAGAAACAACGUGCUCCAAUAUAAUGACAACACCGUCAACGGUGCAACGGCAGACAUUGCCAUCACAACACAUGGAUCCGACUUCUACUUCGCUAUUUGCGCUGCGAUGGGAUUCUCCGGAUUUGUUUUCCUAGGUCUCGCCUACCGCAAGCAGCGUCGCGACCGUCUUUUCCACUACAUCACCGCAUCUGUAGUCUUCGUCGCAUGCAUCGCCUACUUCACAAUGGGAUCCAACCUGGGCUUUACACCAAUCGCAGUCGAGUUCCACCGCAGCGACCCCAAGGUAGCAGGAAACUACCGUUCGAUCUACUAUGCUCGUUACAUCGACUGGUUCAUCACUACGCCUCUGCUGCUCCUCGACUUGCUUUUGACUGCUGGCAUGCCAUGGCCGACUAUACUUUGGGUCAUCAUGGUUGAUGAGAUUAUGGUUAUCACUGGUCUGAUCGGUGCCCUUAUCGACAACCGUUACAAGUGGGCCUACUUCGCUUUUGGCUGCUUUGCUCUUUUCUACAUCGUCUACCAACUAGUCUGGGAGUCGCGCAUCCACGCCAAGGCAUUCGGCCGCGAUGUUGAGAAGGCGUUCAUGAUGUGCGGAAGUAUGACCGCUCUGCUUUGGAUCCUGUACCCAAUCGCAUGGGGAGUCGCCGAGGGCGGUAACGUCAUUGCCCCUGACAGUGAAGCUGUUUUCUACGGUGUACUUGACUUCCUAGCCAAGCCAUGCUUCGGUGCCCUCCUCCUGUGGGGCCACAAGGACAUCGACCCGGCCCGUCUCGGCCUCUCUAUCAAGGACUACGAUGGUGAUGCCAUGGUUCACGAGAAGCGCAAGCCUGAUGCCGUGAACAACGGACAGACCGCUACCCACCCCGAUGGCUACAACGGCACUGCUCCUCAUGUCGACAACACUGUUUAG